AUGCCGGAGGCCCAGGGAGAGAAGCGGCCUCUCGACCCGGAUCCGGACGACGAUGACGACGACGAUGAUGAUGGCUUCGGCCCAAUGCCUGUGCCAGCGCCGGCACAGACAAAGCCGAAACGCAAAAAGGUGCUGAAAAACGCGCACGUAUACUUGGACAACCUGCCCAAGAGCGAGAUGUACGAGAAGAGUUUCAUGCACCGCGACGUGGUUCACUUGGCAGUCUGCAGCAAUGCCACGGGGUUUCUCGUGACUGGCAGCGAGGACGGUCACGUGAAGUUCUGGAAGAAGCAGUACGAGGGCAUCGAGUUUGUCAAACAUUAUCGAGCACAUUUAGGGAAGCUGCUAGCCAUGGUCAUCUCGCAGGAUGGAAGAUUGCUCUCCACCAUUGGGGAUGACAAUGCAUUGAAGCUUUUCGAGGUCACGUCUUUCGACAUGAUUUGCAUGAUCAAGCUGAAGUUCAAGCCGCUUCAAGUGGAGUUCGUACACAAGAAGAACGCUCCGACCUCCCUUGUCGCGGUGUCGGAAUCGGAGUCUGGAAAGGUGCAUAUUCUGCAGCCAGAGAGUGGCACCGCUGAGCCUCUGCGGACCCUCGAGGUCCAUGCCGAACCUGCCCAUGCCAUCAGGUACAAUCCGUGGGUUCACGCUUGCAUCAGUGCAGAUAAAUCAGGCGCGCUUGAACUCUGGGAUCCAGACACUCUGCAGAUGCCUACGAAAGAAACACGCCCAGGGAGGCUUAAGUUCGAGAUCAAGAGCGAAACCCACAUGUACGAGCUGCGCAAGAACCAGACGCACGCGAUAUCUUUCUCCAUCAGCGUUGAUGGCAGCAUGUUCGUCAUGGUGUGCGAGGAUGGUCGUUUGAGAGUCUUCCGCUUCGCGACGAUGAAAAUGGUUCGUGCAUACGACGAGUCAAUGGAGAUGUUCACGGCGGCUCAGAGCGAUCCGAACAUGGGUGAUCUCCACCUGGACAGGUUCGAUUUUGGACGGCGGAUUGCCGUGGAGAAAGAAAUGCGCAAGUCCCCUGCGCAGAUGUAUCAGCAGGCUCUGUUCGACGAGUCCUGUAACUUCUUGGUCUUCACUUCGCUUAUCGGCGUCAAGAUUGUCAACUUGCAUACCAACAAGCUCGUGAAGAUUCUUGGAAAAGUCGAGCAGACCGAGAGAUUCCUUGGCCUUGCCCUGUACCAGGGCAAAGCUCAGAAGAAGAAGGCAGCUCUUGGAGAAUCCGUCGUGGAAGGGGAGAAUGACCAGAAGGAGUCGGCAGACCCGAUCGCCUUGGUCACUGCAUACAAGAAGAACAGGUUUUACCUGUUCAGUGCUCGCGAGCCUGCGGAAAUGACCGCUGACUUGGGUCGAGAUGUUUUCAACGAGAAGCCCAGCAAGGAAGACGCAGCCGUGGCGGCGUCGAUCAGGACGGAGAACCCUCUUGGCAAGCAAGCGACUAUCCACACCACGAUGGGAGACAUUGUAGUCAAACUCUUCUACCAGGAGUGUCCAAAGUCGGUUGAGAACUUCACGGUGCAUUGCAAGAAUGGUUACUAUGACAACAUCAUCUUCCACCGGGUCAUCCAGGGCUUCAUGAUCCAGACGGGAGACCCACAGGGUGAUGGCACUGGCGGUGAGAGCAUCUGGGGAGGUGAAUUUGAGGACGAGUUCCAUCGGAACCUGAAGCACGAUCGUCCCUUCACCCUUUCCAUGGCGAACGCAGGGCCAAAUACGAAUGGGUCUCAGUUCUUCGUCACGACGGUGCCUUGUCCUUGGCUGGAUGGCAAGCACACGGUCUUUGGACGCGUUCUGCAGGGCAUGGACGUGGUUCAAAACAUCGAGAAAACCCAGACGAAUUGCGACGACAGGCCGCUGGUCGACAUCAAGAUUAUGACGAUCAAGAUCAUCACCUAA